AAAAAUUCAUUAAUUCACUGUGAUUUUAAUGAUUGCACAAUAAAACUAAUCAGUAAGUGUGUCGAUCAAUUCUGCCCUCCUGGGACGUUCUGCGACCAACGAUUCGUACAAUGCAAGAGGCCACCAUGUCGGCCUAUCCUUAUUUGCGUCCCCGACAUAUUCAAUGGAUGUGCGGGUAUCUCAUGUCCUACCGGCCAGAUCUGUGUAGCGAGAUCGCGACCAUGCAUCGGAAAGUCGUGCAAAAAAUAUCCCUCCUGUGUAAAACCCGGAACAUGCGAUGCUCUGGUAUGUCUGCCAUCGCAGAAGUGUGUGGCUGAUCCCACUCCCAAAUGUAUCACUGAUAUUCCAACUGUUUCUAAUGUCAUUGGCAAUGCCACACUCCAGGUUAUUAGUUCAUAUGCUUUCCGAACACCAAGUAUUAGCUGUUAA